AUGAAGGCCAGCCUCCUCUUCCUCGCGGCCUCCACGGCCCUUGCCGCCCCUCUCGAGAGCGUCCCCGUCGCUCGCAGCGAGAUUGGGUCUUUCCCCAUCGCCGAGCUUGAGGCUUACUACAAUGCCGCCUACUCUGUCAAGCCCGAGGAGACCGCCGCUCUCAGCCCCGCAAUCUCCAAGCGCCAGUACAACGGCGACACCUUCAAUCAGCUUACCGAUGGCACGGCUUGCCGCAAGGUCACCUUGAUCUGGGCCCGUGGCACCACGCAGUCCGGCAACGUUGGCGAGGCCGGUUCCGAGGGACCCGUUUUCUUCAACGCCCUUGCCGGUCUUGUCGGAACCUCCAACUUGGCCGUCCAGGGUGUUGACUACUCCGCUAGCAUCCUUGGCUUCCUCGCUGGCGGCGACGCAGCGGGCAGCACCACCAUGGCCAACUUGGUUGCUCGCGCCGUCACCCAGUGCCCCAGCACCAAGAUCGUCAUGUCCGGCUACAGCCAGGGUGGCCAGCUCGUCCACAACGCCGCAUCCAAGCUCACUGCGUCCCAGACCGCCCGCGUCUCUGCCGUUCUUAUCUUCGGCGACCCGUUCGAUGGCCAGGCUGUUGGCAGCAUCCCUGCCUCCAAGGUCAAGGUCAUUUGCCACGAUGGCGACAACAUCUGCGACGGCGGUAUCAUCAUCACCGCCGACCACAGAAACUACGAGCAAGAUGCCCCAGCCGCGGCUGCCUUCGUUGCCGGCCUUGUUGCGUAA